GCAGAUGAUGCCACGACUUGAGCAGCGUACCGCGUGUGCUCGCAAUCAACUCAGUCCGUACCUCUAGAGUUGAAUUGGUACAGGCUGAUCAAGAUUCUUCCAACCAGGAAGGAAGCUUGGAAAUCUGAAACGAGGUGGAAGGGAGGAGAUUCUUGAGAGGGAGAAAGCUAGGGGAAGCAAACAAAUGGUAACCAUUAGCGACGUGCUGAGCUAUUCAACGCGGAGGGAAGAAGCGCGGAAGGGUGUUGCCAGCUUGUGAAGAACUUCUUGUGGAAAAAAUUGACGAAGCCAUGGCAACCUGCAGGUGCUCGACAUCUGCAGGUGCAAUGGCGAGCCUUUCGGGGUUUUCGAACCGGACCGCCGACGGGGCUUCCACCUCGUAUCGGUCCUCUCCAACCACACAGCGGUUGCUUAGGAGAUCUCGGACUUGGGAUCAGGACUUUUUCGGGUCCUUUUGUAGAGACGGUGAUGGGAUCCGGUCGCCUGGUAACAGGCUAGACAGAACGGCGAGCUUGGGCUGUGUGCGCUCGUCUCUGGCGCAGGAUGCUAGGAUGGAGUCACGUAGGUGGAGUGGGCCGACUUUGCCGACGACGGCUCCAGUCCCAGACCUGAGAAUCGACCACCUGCGCAGGCUGGCUGUGCGGGACACAGUGGAGCAAGAGGAUGAGCCGCGCAGGAUCAGCCAGGUUCGGCAUGCGGAGGAGCUGAUUGGCGGGGCGGCGUUUGUGGAUGAGUUUUUCGAUAGGAAGCCAGUUGGGGUUGCGCGGGGUUUGGAGUUUAGCUCAGCUCUUACGCAGCAGAUUCCCGAGUAUGGGGCGCCGCCACCAGAGGAGUUUGGAGAGUUUGCUGGCCAGAAUGAUGUGCCAGAGUCAACGAGUGGGCUGGACUUUGACAUUGGUUGGUCGAAGGAAGAGAGACGCGGUGGACAUCCGGGGUUUCUGCUGCAUGCAGAUGACGACGACCAAGUUGUUUGGGCCAGGAAGAUGCUCAGAAGGCAACUGAUCUUCAAGCAGGCCUCCCUCAAGUCCCUGCACGACAUUGCCUCAAGAAUGGUUCGGCGGCCGUUUGUGGGACUCAAUGGUGUUCCCAUCAAUGACAAGAACCUUGAGCGGGGGUUGUAUUUGAUCACAGAGGGCACGGCGUCCAUUAACAUGGAUGAUAACAGCGAGGCCCCCUUUGGCAGCCAAACGUUCAACCCCGAGAAGGAGAAGCUCUUGUUCAAAGGUGCUGCGUUCGGCAGUGUCCUGGAUGAGGGGGUUGGUUUGAAGGAGUGGCCGGGGACUUGCCAGUCAGGGCCUGUGGGGUUGGGAUGCGAUUGGUUGAGGUUGGGGAAGCACACUGCAGAGGACAACUCAAAGGUCAAGCUCUACGCAGGGCCUGGGGGAAUGGAGUGCCUGUUCAUCUCAGAGCUGGAGCUGAAGACGAUUCUGAGGCGGGAUUGGUUCACUCAGGUUCCAGAGGGAGCCCCCCUGCAGAAUAUGGUGCCAGAUGUGCAGCAGUCGAAGCUGAGCAACUACCGGUACAUUGACAUGCUGGGGGCUGGAGGGUUUGGCCACGUUGGUCUGGUUGAGCACAAGAGCACUGGCGGGGUCUUUGCUCUGAAGUGGGUUCCCCGGGAGCCGUGCAAGGAUGCCUGCCUCAAGAGCGAGAUUCAGCUGCUGAGCGGCCUGAGCAGCCCCUUUGUGGGGAAGUACGUGAAGCAUUUCCUGUGGCAAGGGUCCACCUACCUGCUCCAGGAGGUCAUGCUCGGCGGCGACUUCCAGCAGCUCGUCAAGGAGCACAACGACACCCUCUCCGAGCAGCAGGCCAAGUUCUACGUUGCGUGCAUGGUCGAGGCGCUAGGGUACCUGCAGUCCCAGGGCAUCGCACACCGCGACAUCAAGCUCGCCAACUUCCUGGUCGACGACGAAGGUUACCUCAAGCUCGUCGACUUUGGCUACGCCGCCAAGCUCCCCAAGGGCAAAAGCACGCGUGCGCGUGUUGGCACGCCGUCGUAUGUCGCCCCAGAAAUCGUGCGCGGGUUUGCGCACGACGGGUCAGUGGAUCUGUGGUCGCUCGGCGUGGCGUUGCACCGCAUGCUGACCGGGGUAUGUCCGUUCGGGGACGCGCCCAAGACCCCCCCCGCCAAGGUGCUGCAGCGCAUCAAGGACAAGAAGCCGCCCCAGUUUCCGGAGAGCCUGAGCGCAGACGCAAAGAACCUGAUAACCCGGUUGUUGCAGCACGAGUCGGGGGACAGGCUUGGCUGGGGAGACUUGGGGAUCGAGGAGAUCCGGGCUCACCCUUGGUUUGCCGGGUUCGAGUGGGAGAAGCUCCGGAGGCGGGAGCUAGAGGCACCGUUCCUGCCCAAAAUUGCGCACCCGUGGGACACGACCCGGUUCCACUACCGGGGAACUAACAUGAACAAGAUGAUCCUGCCCGAGGAGAAGGAGCAGUGCAAGCCGACAGGGUGCGGGUUCGAGGAGCACGCGUUUCUUAACAAUCUGGCCUACUCGGCUGUGUAGGCGCAGCAUGGGUUGUUACUUUAUUUGCUGGGUUGCAGAUGGCCAGCUAGCUGCUGGCAGCGUUUGUGUCCAUUUGUACAGGCGUUGGACCAGCUUGGUCCUGGGUCUUGCAGUACUAAUAGACGGCAGCUUGCCUUCGACGAUCAGAUCAAAGGCCAGGCUGCCCUCCAUGUUAAAAUGCAAUAAAGCACAAAAACUGUAGCUGUCAAAAAGUUCAGGAUAGUUAGCUCGCUUGCGUGGCCCUCAAGCACGUGCUGAGCAGUCAGUUCAAUAAAAGCUUGAGCCGGGCACUGUGAAGUACACACCAGAUUGAUCCUCAAGAUGACUGGGGUCUGACAAACAAUGAAACUUUGGUUGGACCAGACAUAUUUGUGUGUUGAUUGGACGUAUUUGUGUGUUGAACCAUUGAAUUCUUCUUGUUAUCUCA